UUUUUAUUCCCUUUUGUUCCCUUACAUUUCUUUGUUGUUUUUUAUUCUCCUAUUGUUCCUUUUCAUUUUUUUUUCAUCUCUUUUGUUCCUUCUCAUUUUUCUUUUGUUUCUCUUAUUGAUUUUUAUUCCCUUUUGUUCCCUUUCAUUUCCCCUUCAUUUCUCUCAUGGCAUUUUAUUCCCUUUUCUUUCAUUGUUUUUAUUCCCCCUUUAUUUUUUUCAUUGUUUUUUUUUAUUCUCUCUUUGUUCCCCUUUAUUCCCCCUUUGUUUCUCUUGUUAAAUUUUAUUUCCCCUUUGAUUCUUUUGUUCCUUUUUACUAUUCUUCACUUUUUUUUUCAUUUCCUUUACGAUUAUCUUCGUUUUCCUUCAUCCUCUUUCAUUCAUCUUUCGUUUCCCUAUAUCAUUUUCACUUAUUCAUUUUUUUCAUUCAUCUUUCACGUCUCUUUUGUUCAUCUUUCAUGUAUCUUCAUCAUAUUUUGUUUAUCUUUCAUCAUUUUUGUUCAUCUUUCAUUUCCCUACAUCACUUUUCGUUUACUCAACCCUUUUCAUUUAUCUUUCCUUUCCUUUAUUUCCCUUGGUUUUUUUCAUUGUCCUUUUUUACUAUAUUUUUUGUCCUUUCUUCAUAUAUUGCAGUGCAUUUACAUACAGCAUUACGGCAUUUAAGUUAAAGUUAUGCAAUUACGACUUAAUCAGCUAUCGGUUAUAUCAUAAAAUUUUUUUUAUAAAUCAUGUAAUGCAUUGUGGUGUAACAUUUUUUAUUGAUCAAAUAAAAUCGAAAAACUAGCCAAUAAAAAAUUUUAUAAUCACGUGAUUGUGGUGUUGAGCACCAGUGGUGUGAUUUAGUACAGUCGUU